AUGGUGACGGAGAGCCAAACUCCUCCGUCUUCUUCUCCCUCCUCUCUAUCGAUGACGUUAUCCUCCACGAACGCGUUAUCCUUCUUAUCAAAAGGCUGGAAGGAAGUACGCGACUCAGCCGACGCCGAUUUGCAGCUGAUGCGCCACCGAGCCAACUCCGUCAAGAAUCUAGCGUCGACGUUCGACAGAGAGAUCGAGAAUUGGAACGAAACUGGAAUCAUGAAGAAGCUCCAACCGAAGAUAACGGAGUUCCGCAGGGUUUACUCGGCGCCGGAGAUAAGCAGGAAGGUUAGGGAGAGGUGGGGACCAGCGAAGGCGAAGCUGGGGAUGGAUUUAUCGGCGAUUAAGAAGGCGAUUGUGUCGGAGAUGGAGGUUGGUGAUGAGAGUGAGAGUGAGAGGAGUAGAGUUGGGAGGAGGUGGAGUAAUAGGGAUAGGGUUAGGUUUACGGAGUUUUGUGGUGAGGGAGAGAGGGAAGGUAGCUUUGGAGAGUGGGAGCCGAUUAGGUGUUUGAUGAGUAGGUUUAAGGAGUUUGAGAAACGAAGGUCGUUGGAGAUGUUGAGUGGUUUUAAGAAUAGUGAGUUUGUGGAGAAGCUCAAAUCCAGCUUUAAAUCAAUUUACAAAGAAACUGAUGAGGCCAAGGAUGUGCCUCCAUUGGAUGUACCUGAACUUUUGGCAUGCUUGGUUAGGCAGUCGGAACCUUUUCUUGAUCAGAUUGGUGUAAGAAAGGAUAUGUGCGACCGGAUAGUAGAAAACCUUUGCAAAUGCAAGAGCCAACACCUUUGGCGUCUGCCAUCUGCACAAGCAUCCGAUUUGAUUGAAAAUGAUAACCAUGUCGAUGAUUUGGAUAUGAGGAUAGCCAGUGUUCUUCAGAGCACGGGACAUCAUUAUGACGGUGGCUUUUGGACUGAUUUUCUAAAGCCUGGGACUGAGACGUCAGAAAGCAAAAGGCACGUAGCAAUAGUUACAACAGCUAGUCUCCCUUGGAUGACCGGAACAGCUGUAAACCCGCUAUUCCGAGCUGCCUAUUUGGCAAAAACUGCAAAACAGAGUGUUACACUCUUGGUUCCUUGGCUUUGUGAAUCUGAUCAAGAACUGGUUUAUCCAAACAAUCUAACCUUCAGUUCACCUGAAGAACAGGAGAGUUAUAUACGUAAUUGGCUGGAGGAAAGGGUUGGUUUCAAAGCUGAUUUUAAAAUCUCGUUUUACCCUGGAAAGUUUUCAAAAGAAAGACGCAGCAUAUUUCCAGCUGGUGACACUUCUCAAUUCAUACCGUCUAAAGAUGCUGACAUUGCUAUUCUUGAAGAGCCUGAACAUCUCAACUGGUAUCAUCACGGCAAGCGUUGGACUGAUAAAUUCAACCAUGUCGUUGGAAUUGUCCACACAAACUACUUAGAGUACAUCAAGAGAGAGAAACAUGGUGCUAUCCAAGCAUUUUUUGUGAACCAUGUAAACAAUUGGGUCACACGAGCAUACUGCGACAAGGUUCUUCGUCUCUCUGGGGCAACGCAAGAUUUGCCAAAAUCUGUUGUGUGCAAUGUCCAUGGCGUCAAUCCCAAGUUCCUGUCAAUUGGGGAGAAGAUUGCUGAAGAGAGAUCCCGUGGGGAACAAGCUUUCUCAAAAGGCGCGUAUUUCUUAGGGAAAAUGGUGUGGGCUAAAGGAUACAGAGAGCUAAUAGAUCUGAUGGCUAAACACAAAAGCGACCUCGGGAGCUUCGAUUUAGAUGUGUAUGGAAACGGUGAAGAUGCAGUCGAGGUGCAACGAGCAGCACAGAAACUCGAUUUAAAUCUCAAUUUCCUCAAAGGAAGGGACCAUGCAGACGAAGCUCUCCACAAGUACAAAGUGUUUAUAAACCCAAGCAUCAGCGAUGUUCUGUGCACAGCAACUGCAGAAGCACUAGCCAUGGGGAAACUCGUUGUGUGUGCAGACCACCCUUCAAACGAGUUCUUCAGAAACUUCCCAAACUGUUUAACAUACAAAACAUCCGACGACUUUGUGAACAAAGUGAAAGAAGCAAUGUCGAAAGAGCCGUUACCACUCACUCCUGAACAGAUGUACAAUCUUUCUUGGGAAGCAGCGACACAGAGAUUCAUGGAGUUUUCAGAUGUCGAUAAGAUCUUAAAUGAUGGAGAAGGAAGAAGAAGGAUGAGAAAAUCAAGAUCGGUUCCUAGCUUUAACGAGGUAAUUGAUGGAGGACUUGCCUUCACACAUUAUGUUCUCACUGGGAACGAUUUUUUGAGGCUAUGUAGUGGAGCAACACCAAGAACAAAAGACUAUGACAAGCAACAUUGCAAGGAUCUGAAUCUUGUUUCACCUCAAGUUCACAAGCCAAUCUAUGGGUGGUAGAUAUUGUUUUUCCAACAGUUAUUGCUUUUGACUUGUUUAAGGUAAAGUAAACCACUACGUAUAUAGUUUUGAUAUUAUCUAAUAUAUUAAAAUUGAAGUACAAUUAGUACUUAACCCUAAUUUUUCCUAAAUAUUUACAAGAGAAUGCCAUUGGUAUAAUACACUGCCG